AUGAUCGAAGAGUUGGUGAGGUCCAAGUUGAACGAUGCCCACAAGGAUUUAGGAGAUUUGAAGAGUUUAAUAAAUUACGACGGUGAAGUUUGCAGGUGGGGAAGAGGAGGAGGAUACAAUGCUGGUUGUACAAACAAAUUUGUUGCAUAUUCUGGAAAGAACAAUAUCGCUAGUGGGCCUUACAUAAAUGAGAUCAGGUAUUCUGACAGCAACAAACUUCAUUGCGGUAAUGUGCAUACUCACAACUAUAACAACUACUUGGAACAAAUAAACAAAUUUGAUUUACCGCACAUGUCUCAAAGAAACAAAUAUACUCGAUCGUUUUCUGUAGAACCAAGACCUGUUCUACCCAGCAAAUCGUUUCAGUCAAGUUUCAAAAGAUCCCUAUCAUGCCACCAGCCAAGAUUUUACGAUCUCGAAUUAUCUUCAUCGCCAAUAUUUCACACCACAUCUUACACAUCUUCAAAUAAAUUUCAUCCAGCGACCGAGAAUCAAAGUUACACUCCCAAGAGAGCUUUCGAUAGAUAUUUGAUCCAACCACCAAAGACAUUUUACAACUAUCAGGAGGACACUUGUUAUUCGAAUACCAACAAAUACAAACCACAUCAACACAUCUCAAAUUUUGUUUAUCCCGGAAAGUUUUUUUUCCACAAGCCCAGUCCCAUUCAUUUUUUGGAGUAUUACAGCUGUUCACCUCCUCCUCAUCCAAAAAGCAACGUGGAGUCUCUGAAUUUGAUCACAAGAGCACUGGACAACAGAGGUCGUAUCAGCAAAAUUUGCAGCCCCAAAACUGAUGCAAGAUCAUUAUCCGCUUCCAGGGCUGAAGAACUGUCCCCAUCCUGGCCCCCUUUAUUUCAAUCUCGCCAAUCUCUUUCACAGCAGCAGUUAUAUACACCUCCACAACUGUCGCCAUCUCGUUCUCACAAAAUUAUUGGAUCUGCAGUUGACGAAGAUAGCGAUGAUGCUGAUUUCAACUUAUUAAAAUUAACCGCACGUAGACACCAUUCAACUAAUUAUUUUCCUCACCACCAAUCACCUUACUACCCAUCCGUGUCAUCUCCCAAACUUCGUCCGCCUCCUCCCCUUAUAACUGAUUCCUUGCAUCCUUUAAGAAAGUUUUCGCCGUAUUUUCGUCAUGCAGUCAUCCAGCCCAGUCUUCCUGAAGUGUCUGCACCUGCCUACCCGCCAGCAGUUGGUGCUCAUCACGACACUCUUCAUACCACCGGUGAUCGCUUCAUCAACAUUGCCACCAGCAGUGACGUCAACUCAAAUAUUGGUGCUGCCGAUUCGUACAGCUUAUACACGCACACACCAUCAUUGCAUGUUGGAUAUGAUGAUGACGAGGAACUAUAUCCAUACACCGAUCAUCAUCACUCUCAACAAUCCCUCAAACAAUCCAUCCAAUCCAUCAAACAAUAUCAAAUUGCUAAACAUUCAACCGACAAUUUCAACUACUACAAGCAAAUGUUCCGAAGAAAACAGCAUACUCCCAGUGUUAAUGACGCACGCCACACACCUCACAACACACAAAACUUCCUGUACAGCAACUACAACCAAGUUAGCCAGCCGGCCACUAUUGAAUCCCAGAAGAGUCCACCCAACUACCCUUCUUACAACACGAGAUAUGAUGAUGGAUACUUCUUCGAUGAUAGUUCCAGGAACCUUAUCAUCAGUCCUCCAACAAGAGUAACAAAACCAGUGACUUAUUUGAAGAGAUUCGGAGGAACAAAUGAAGCUGUUUUUGUGUCCAAAUAUGAUUUCCAACAUUAAAAAUCAACUCAAUAGUAAUAAUUAAUCAUCUUAAAUGUUUUCUCUCUGGCAUUGGUUUUAAAAAACCCACGUAAACAUCUGUUACAAUCCGGAAGAUAUAGUAAAGAAAUUGUGAUAGCGUCUAAGCAACAAUCCAUCAUCAUCAUAUGCAUAUAACAACAGCGUUAGCAUCAGCCAACAAACAUGAACAACGUCCACCCUACAACACCGACAACACCACAUCAAUCCAAUGAAAUCGUCGAUGUCAACCCAUCGUCAAACAAAUCAACGUUAAUAUUCAUAUCACCAAUGGUCCAAAGUUUUAUUUCGAAUCAAAAACUCAAUUAUUUAUCGCAACAUCAUAAUAAGACCACAUUCACAAACAUCACUACACUUUCUUCGUUGGUAGCUAGCUAUUCGAACAUUUAAGUUGCAUAACAAAGAAUUAAUUCAACAAUGAAUGACACAUUUACGCCAUAUUUAAAUUUCACAUUUCGAUUUUAUGGUCCAUUGUUUAUUUUCCGUGCAGUUCAGGUGUUUAGAUAACUUUGAAUUAUUUCUGUCUAAAAAUAUCUUACAGUUUUUAAUAAAAAUUUAUUCGAU